AUGAAUAACGUGCAUGGGGACUUGAUGUGCCUACUGGCCUAUAUUGUGCCUACGGGGCUAUGUUGUGCCUUCGGGGCUAUUUACUGCCUACGGGGCUAUUAUCUGCCUACGGGGCUAUUACUGCCUACGGGGCUAUUACCUGCCUACGGGGCUAUUACUGCCUACGGGGCUAUUACUGCCUACGGGGCUAUUACUGCCUACGGGGCUAUUACUGCCUACGGGGCUAUUACUGCCUACGGGGCUAUUACUGCCUACGGGGCUAUUACUGCCUACGGGGCUAUUACUGCCUACGGGGCUAUUACUGCCUACGGGGCUAUUUACUGCCUACGGGGCUAUUACUGCCUACGGGGCUAUUUACUGCCUACGGGGCUAUUACUGCCUACGGGGCUAUUACCUGCCUACGGGGCUAUUACUGCCUACGGGGCUAUUACCUGCCUACGGGGCUAUUACUGCCUACGGGGCUAUUACCUGCCUACGGGGCUAUUACUGCCUACGGGGCUAUUAUCUGCCUACGGGGCUAUUACUGCCUACGGGGCUAUUUCUAGAUGGUGGCUGAGCCGAGUCUCGUGGCUGCACUUGCAGCGGCGGUUUAGCAGGAGCGCUACUUCAUCCUUCGAGGGCGAAGGACUACACAGGAUGGCCGAACUGAUAUGA